AUUCAUCCAUAUUGCAAAAUCCGCAAAAUACUCGAUUGACGGAUACUGGUGCGCAUAUGCAGGGGACACAUGGUAUUUAUAUUCAAAGGAGUACAUAGCAGAUGUCCACGUGGAUAUCCGUUAACCAUUAACACGAAAAACUUUGGCCUUACCUCCCCGCAAAAUGAAAAACAGGAAGAAACCCUAUAAAAUGUCAACAUAACUGUUACUGGUUCCAAUUUACUCCUCCGACGUCGCAACUCAAAGCUCUAUCGCUACUCGCAAGGUAUUAUUAUCAAAAUGUCUAAUUCAUCUGAUGCGACAGCGUUGAUUCAGCCAACGACGAAGACAGUAAAGGUCAGUGAGUGUCAAAACAUAGACAUACUCAGUGACUUACCCGAUUGCGUUAUACUCCAUAUACUGUCAUUCUUAAAUGCCAAAGAAGCCGUUCGAACUUGUGUUUUAUCCUCAAGAUGGAAGGAUCUCUGGAAAUGUCUUCCUGAUCUUAAAUUGCAUUCUUCACACUUUCGAACUAUCAAGAUAUUCACCAAAUUUGUGUCUAGGGUUUUGUCUCUUCGUGAUUCCUCAAUCGCAUUGCACGCUCUUGAUUUAAACCGAAAGGGUUGCAUUGAGCCUCGCCUACUCAAAAGGAUUGUUAAUUAUGCUGUUUCACACAAUAUCCAGCGAUUAGGACUUUAUUUCAAUUGUGAUAUUGCACAAAUUCCGCCUACCAUUUUUUCUUGUCAGACUUUAACAUAUCUUAAUCUUUCUGUUUUCCCUAUUGGGAAAAGACCAUUUUUUCCGAAAUCUCUCAAUUUGCCAGCAUUAACCACCUUCCAUCUACAGAAUUUUGCCUUUUGUGCUGACCAUGAUGGACGUGCUGAGCCAUUUUCAGACUUGAGCCGGUUGGAUAGUUUGGUCCUUUGCGAUUGUUCUGUGAGGGAUGGAAUAUUCCUCUGCAUAUCAAGUCCGACGCUUGUCAAUUUUACUGUCCGUAGUCGCUUUUAUGAUUUUUACGAAAUUGAGCUUUGUACUCCGAGCCUUGUUUCCUUUGCUUUUAUUGGUAAGCCGUGUCAGAUAAUCUCUAGGAGCAGUCUUUCUUCUGUUAAGUAUGUAGAUAUUGAUGCAGAAAUGUUGGAUAUGGACACCAAGCAUCCUUUGAUUCUACUCAGCAGUCUGUUAGGGCUUGUUAAUACAAAAUCAUUGACAGUCACUGCAAGUACUCUUCAGGUUCUCUCCUUAUAUCCUGAUUUAUUCGAGAUCAAGCUCCCUUCCUUAGGUAACUUGAAGUCCUUGAAAGUGAAAAUGAAACCACUUUCAUAUGAACUCCGCAAGAUACUGGUUUAUACCAAGUUACAGAAAAUUAAGUCACGAAAAGAAGCUGCUGAAUUAGAAAAAGCUUAUAAAGCAGGAUUGGAACCAUCUUCCAUUAUACCUGAAGGAAUAGUUGAAUUCUUGCUUCAAAACUCGCCAUCGGCAGAAGUUGACAUAGUUGAUUGGUCAUGGUCAAAUGCGCAUUCAAUUACUUGAAGAGAUUGUUAUAAUUGGUUGGUUUUUGUUUUCUUCUUUUGUUUCAACUUCCUCCGUCACUCUGGUUAUAACUUGAUAGAGAAACAAAUUGUUCAUAUAGCAAUAAUUAAUUUUCUUGUUGAUGCUCCACAAAAA